AUGGCAGCGUGGCUUGAUCUUGUCAAUGAAGACGGAGCCUGGACUUUGGUCGAUACCGGUCGUCUGGAGAAGUUGGUGCAGGGAAUGCCAUCUCCGAAACGCCAAUGUCCAUCUUUGGUCUACUUCGCUGGGAACUCGAAUCGUCUGAAGGCUCUGCGAGCGCUGAACCCCCACAAUAAUGUCACACGUAAAGGUCCCGCGGGCUGGAUUCGUCUUCACCUGGGUGGGAGAUCCGGUCAUACUGAAAACCCGGUUCUUUUUGCCGAGAGCAGCCUGCUUCUCGAGAAAAGCCAGGGCGAUUCCCGAUGGCGCAAACACCGUUCGACUCAGCGACACCGGCGAUAUGCUAUUCAAGAUGACGAAAAAUCUUGUUUACCGGCAAAAUUACACCAAGAAGUGAAAGCUCAACUCGUUCUGCCAUGGGCCCAGAUUCUUUGCCUGUUCAUCAAUUCUCAAUCCGACUUGCAGUCUGCCCGAGACCUGUUGCAGCAGCCCCGUCGACGACUUGCGGUUGGCAGCCAGCCUGUUUCUACCUCCAUGCGAAUAGUCAUCGUCUUGACCAAGCACAACGAUUCGGAUCCUAUGCCAGCGCGACACCUGGCCGAUUUCGAAGCAUUUGCUGAGACUGGAGAGACCGUCGUUCUGGAUCUGCGACCAAGAUGUGGCCUCUCCGAUACGGUUGCAUUCGAACCUCUUCGGGCUCUCCUUGUCGAGCAGCUGUCCGCCAUUCGGGAUCAGCAAGCGUCCCCCGGAGAUCACGUUUCAGCGUCUCAUCUAGGCGCCUUCUGGAAAUCGUUUAUUCAAAGCUACAAGCGAUGUCGAAUCGCACCGCCCUUUGAUCUCCUGACCGAAGCCCGGAGAGGUUAUCCCGACGACGGAGCCAUGGGUCGCUAUCUUCGAGAAGGCGCUCAGAUCGUCAUAUCGGCUGGCUGCGCCGAGGACGAGAUGCAGGUCUUUGUGGCCUCGGCCAUCCUCAUGCAUGCGUACCCCCCUGAAAUGCACGGUAAGAUCACAGUUCUCGUUUCAAUGCUCACACUGACACGCGUAGGUUUCUCCCCGCCCAUUGUCUUUGCUACACUGUAUGAGAAGCAUUGUGCCGAAAUUGCGAGUGAAGGUGCCACUCGCAGUCUCUGCGACGGUAUCGGUUCGCAUUUCAAACGGCUUUUCCUGCAACUGAGCGCCAACAACACCUCUGCCACGGCUCGAAAGGGUAUCUUGCAGCGUUACUUUCGCCAAUGGGGAGGCCUUUAUUCCACCACGACCUGCAUGGUAUGCUUGUGUCGGCCGCCCGAACACAUGAUGCCAUGCAAACAUGCACUCUGUGACACCUGUGUCGUAAUCUUUGGCAAGUCAAGUUCCCUCGGUGAGUAUCAUUGGGACCUCACUGAAUGCCCCGUCUGCGAGGACACUUUCCUCGUCCGUAUACGCCAAUUACCCCCUACGAAGCACCCGGUGGUCCUCAGUUUGGACGGUGGUGGCGUCCGCGGGCUGAUCCAAUUGGGCCUGCUGCGGGCGUUGGAGAAGCGCAUUGGCUUGCCGAUCGCGUCUCUCCCCGACUUGUGUCUCGGAACGAGUGUUGGUACGUACAACGCUUCCCCCUUUUCCACCACCGCGCUGACAGUACCAUCCGCAGGCGCGUUGACGGCGAUUGAUCUAUUUCUGAACCACUCUUCAGUCGAGCAAUGUGCGCAGGCAUUUCCCGACCUAGCGCGAAAAAUAUUCCGUGCUUCACGGGUCCCGGCGCCACGAUUCGUUCGAUGGUUGGCUUCGGCUUUCAACGUGAUCCCCAGUAGUUUGUAUGACUCACAGAAUUUAGCCCAGACCCUAAAAGAGGCAGUGCCCGCGGACCGUCGUAUUUUCGACGUGACCACCGCCAGUCCUGCCGGAUGUCGGGUUGCCGUCGUUGCGAGUCGCACAUCUGACGGCAAGGCCUGCGUGCUUGCCAAUUACCGAGGCACGGGCCAUCGCCGUGCAGACGCCGCCUACGAAUUUUUGACGCCCAGCCACGACCAAGAGAAUCCAUAUCUGUGCGACAUCCGAAUGCAGUGUCGCAGCGCCCUUCCGAGACGGCUACCAGGCUUCGGCCCUUUCCAAGAUGGUGGAGUACGCGCGAACAACCCGCUCGCCAUUGCGUGGAGGGAGUCGGGCGUCAUCUGGCCGCGCGCGAAACGACAUGAUCUGCUUUUAUCGGUUGGCACGGGAUGUACCGCGCUUGAUUCUGCUCAACGCUCGCGACAUACGACCUCGGAGGGCGCGCUCCCUCGUUUGUUUCGCGCCACGAUGUCAUCGCCCUCGAUGGACGGCCCCCAAGGAUUUUUGGAAGCCCUGAACUACUUGCCGCAUUGGUCGAAACCGGAUGUACUUCGACUCGAUCAUGCUAUCCCCGGCCCGCUGCCCGAACUUGACGACACCAGCGCAUUGCAAGAGUUAUCCGAGAUGGACUAUCUCGUUCCAGGUGAACUGGUGAGGACGGUGCUCGCGUCCGCAAUGUUUUUCUUCGAGUUUGACGCUACUCCGGUCCCUGGUCAGGUCGGAUUUUACUGCGAGGGGUCCAUCCUUUGCUCUCGGCCGGGGGCUGGUGAGAUCCUCGCGCGCGUCUUAGUUGAGAUCCCUGGUGCCAAAUUUCAGAUUGGUCAGGAUCACUCCCUGGGUGAUGUAGACCCCCAUGACCGCUGCGAACCUUGCGGAUAUUACAGAAAACGCGUCGCCUUUCACGUUGCCAGCCUUGAAGAGCGCUUUACGAUCAACAUCGCCAAUGGUGUCUAUUGUGAGAAGAUUGGCGGAUUUCCAAAGUGCGCGCAGGAGUUUCUUGAGGCGCAGCAGGCCUUUGCUCACUUUGGCCGUGCAGACCAUCAAACGCCAUCCUGGCCGCCCGUGAGACACUGCUACUGUGCUUGCGAGACAAAAAGAACGAUUCGCUUUGUAGAGCCUGUACCACGACAGAAGCGAAGGCGGGUGUGA